UACUGACAGUAAAUGAAGAAGAACAUGGCGGAAGAAGGUACAGCAGCAGUCACCUAGAGCAUGAAUAAACGACAUUGAUAAACAGGUAUGUCUGCAUGUUGUGUGAGGUGGAUGCUGAGAGCUGCGUGUAGCGGUAGCCGUGGCUACUGGACACCAGCAUCAAGAUCUACAGUUUGUGUUGAAAGAUCAAGCGUCGUUGCCUCCUCCUGGAGAUGGUCUCCAUUUUGCACCUCUGCAGACAACACAGAACAGACUCCUGCACCAAAGAAAAAAAAGGCCGCCUUCCAAGGACAAGCCUUAGCCAGCGCUAUUGCCCGUAAGAUCCCGCAUCCUAUGAUACAGGUGAUCAGUAACUCAGACGAGGACCUGGGCACCAUGCGGCGCGGUGAGGCGUUCCACCUCAUGCACGAGCUGGAUCUCAAACUGGUGCUGCUCAAUGAUCGUAAAGAUCCUCCCGUCUACAAGCUGAUGAACGGAAAACAGGCCCACGAAGAAAAGAUGAAACAGCGGGAGAAAGAGAAAGCAAAAGCAGCCACUGUGCAGGAGAAAGGGCUCUCCUUUACGUCCAACAUCUCGGCUCAUGAUUUCUCCACCAAGAUGAAACAAGUGGAGGGCUGGCUGGAGAAGAAGAACCAUGUUAGAAUUACUCUGCGAGCAGCACGCGGGACAACUGUAGAAAACAUGGACGUGGUUCUGGAGCAGAUGGUGCAACAAAGUGAGCUGAUGGUGGGAUUUGCUGCAAAGCCAAGCGUCCAACAAGAAGGUAAAAGAGCCUUCUGCAUCGUCCGGCCGCCUUCAGCAAAGGAACUGGCACAAAUACGGAAGAGUAAAGACGCAGCUUCGCCUUCGUCUGACCGCUCAAGUUCGAAAGCCGCCAAGACCGAAACAUCUCCUGUAAGCAACACGGACACAACAGAAGGGUCGACGCAGCAGUAAUCAACAUCUAUCUUAGUCCGGUGACGUCCUUUCUCCAGCUCUGGAUCUAAAAGACUAGACUUUGUACCUAAGAUGUGAUUAAUAUAUGACUGUUUUUGUUUGUUUUUCACCCACAAAUACAAUUAAUGACUCUAGCAGUCUACUAUGAACUCUGACAGCACAGGUGAAGUGGAUUUUAUUGGUUUUUGUCCUUCUAUUUGUGCCCUUUAGACCAGAUAAAGGAUGAUGAGAAUCUGGUAAUAAAAGCACUUGAACAUAA